GUUUCAUGAGCUGAUACAAAUUAUCAAAAAAAUAUUAAUCCUCAAUAUUGUUAAUAUUCUGUUUGGCUAUUAUUGUCGGAGAAUACGGAAAAUCUAGGUCGUCUCCGACUCCGGUUAGAUAAUGAAUGGGGUGGACACUAGGGCCUGGAAGAACACUUAGGGCCUGUUUUUUCCGCGCACUUUACUGCCAGGGGUAGCCAGGGUAGAGUCUUUCCGUUACGGCCCGUCCAUCCACCAGCACUGGUCAGGUGCUACACGGGACACCCGCCACUUGUCUGGAGAGGUGCUGAAGCGAUUACAGCAGGAAGAUGGCGGACGACCCUAGCGCGGCGGACAGGAACGUGGAGAUAUGGAAAAUCAAGAAGCUGAUCAAAAGUUUGGAGGCCGCCCGCGGUAACGGGACCAGCAUGAUCUCACUGAUCAUUCCCCCUAAGGACCAGAUAUCCAGAGUGGCCAAGAUGUUGGCAGAUGAGUUUGGAACGGCCUCCAACAUCAAGAGCAGAGUCAACAGACUGUCGGUGCUCGGGGCCAUCACCUCUGUACAGCAGAGGCUAAAACUCUACAAUAAAGUGCCACCUAACGGCCUGGUGGUGUACUGUGGCACCAUCGUGACAGAGGAGGGCAAAGAGAAGAAGGUCAACAUCGACUUUGAGCCUUUCAAGCCAAUCAACACCUCUCUGUACCUCUGUGACAACAAAUUCCACACAGAGGCGUUGACGGCCCUUCUGUCCGACGACAGCAAGUUUGGCUUCAUCGUGAUUGACGGUAGCGGGGCUCUUUUCGGCACGCUGCAGGGCAACACCAGAGAAGUGCUGCACAAGUUUACCGUGGACCUGCCCAAAAAGCACGGCAGAGGAGGACAGUCUGCCCUGCGUUUCGCCCGUCUGAGGAUGGAGAAGAGACACAACUACGUGCGGAAGGUGGCGGAGACGGCCGUCCAGCUCUUCGUCUCCAACGACAAGGUCAACGUGGCGGGCAUGGUCCUGGCCGGAUCGGCUGACUUCAAGACCGAGCUCAGCCAGUCAGACAUGUUUGACCCUAGGUUACAAGCGAAAGUCCUGAAGCUAGUGGAUAUCUCGUACGGUGGAGAGAACGGUUUCAACCAAGCCAUCGAGCUCUCGGCGGAGGUCCUGUCCAACGUCAAGUUUAUCCAGGAGAAGAAGCUCAUUGGGCGGUACUUUGAUGAGAUCAGCCAGGACACGGGGAAAUACUGCUUCGGCGUGGAGGACACACUAAAAGCGCUGGAGAUGGGUGCUGUAGAGAUCCUCAUAGUCUAUGAAAACCUGGACACGAUGCGCUAUAUCCUGCGCUUGCACGGGGCUGAGCAGCAGAACAACGGAUCCGAAAACGGUACCGAUAAAAACGAGAAGACUUUGUAUUUAACGCCGGAGCAGGAAAAAGACAAGUCCCACUUCACAGACAAGGAGACCGGGCAGGAACAUGAGCUCAUCGAGAGCAUGCCCCUACUGGAGUGGUUCGCCAACAACUACAAAACGUUCGGAGCCACUCUGGAGAUAGUCACGGACAAGAGCCAGGAGGGGUCCCAGUUUGUCAAGGGCUUCGGAGGGAUCGGGGGUAUUCUGCGGUACAGAGUGGACUUCCAGGGCAUGGAGUACAUGGGAGAGGACGAUGAGCUGUUUGAUUUGGAUGACUACUAGGUAGUCGGGGACUGAUAUUGGGAGGAAAAAAAAAGAUGAAAUGAAUGAAGAAAUAAGGAAAGAAAAAGACCUCCUCUCUUUUGCAGCAACGAGAGGGGCAGCUGAGCCGAUCACAAUAAAGACACACAUGCCAAUAAACCCGGUUGCAUACACAGACAUGUGCUCACAUUUCCAAUAUGUACCCACAGGAACCCAAAAAAACACAUGGCUGAAGAGGAGUAAAGUAUCGGUUUCAGUCCAGAGAGGGAGACCACCCUUCCUGAAUAAACCCCUGCCUUAGAGUGCUGGUUCCUUCCCCUAGUUGGAUUGGACUUGACUCAUUUUUGUUCAUUUUAUCCCCCUCCCCUCCAUUUUGAAUGAACACAACAGCAAGUACCCAGCGCUCUCGCUGUCCCCGGCCCCCUGCGUCUGAAGAACCACUUUGGACUCACACUUCCAUAUAGAAAAUAUAUUUUCCUUUCUUCCCUGUCCCCCGUCUUAACCUAGACCGUGUUCCCCUUCCCACCCCGCCCCCCCUCUGCUUCUCAAUCUUUUUUUUUUUUUUUUUUUACUGGUUACUGCUGCUGUUGUAUUUUAUGAGAGUGGGGGAUUUUUUUUACCUGGGUUUCUGUAGAGAAAGGGGGAACAAAGUAUUAAAUUUGAACUGCUGAAAACCAUUUCUACAUCUUCUAUGGCUGUGGUCUUAAUCCUUCUGGAAUCCGUUGUCAGGGCCUUGGCCAAUUCAGCUGUAACUACUUUGUGUUCUUCAUUGGCGCAACCCCUAUUGUGAUGGUACUCGCGAGGUACUCCCGGUUUUAGUUUUCCAUUUUCAUUACUCAAUGUGUCAAGUAAUUUUAUUUUCUCUCAAUUUGUUUUUGAUAAAGCCCCACUUUUUAUCCUCUAAUUUAUCUUGCAAUUAACCAAUUUUGUUUUUUUUAAAUGCAUCACAUGGUCUGUAGGUCUUGGAGGAAAUGGGUAGAUGUAUGGGGAGAUGCUAGUUGUAAUGACAGAUUUUAUUGACAUGUUUUCUAAUCCAAAUGUCCAUGGAUGAAUGCCAAGUCAAUGAGCCCUUUAGAGUGGGACAACCUUUACAUUUCCUUUCCGCACAGAACCAUGUCAUGCAUACUGGUAGUACUCUAGCCAAAUGUCUUUGUAGAUUUGGGGUUUUAUUGUACAGGAAAUGCACUAUAAUGGGCUUGUUGAUGGCAAAAAAAUACAAAUAGCACUGGCUCUUUAUUUUUUGCCCGAAAUGUGGACCCAUCCAUUAUUCCCGUUAAACAUAAUGAUAGAUGGUAAAUAAAUGAUUCAGAGGAAGAUAACCUAAAAACUUCCCUGGUGAUUAUAAAGCCUACCGUGUCGUUUCGGUUAUCACUCUGUGUACCUGCCAAGGCUAAUAAUUGAACGAAGGCAAUUG